UGCGUGUACUUAAAGCCAUAUUUCUGGAAAGGCACAAAGAGCAGAUCCUACACAUGAACCGUGGGACGGACCGCUCGCUCAUACCGUCCAAACAUGGCAACUCACGAAGCAGAUCCAGAAGCCGGUGCUGGCUUUUGUGGGAAAAUGUGGAUGUUGUGUGCUGCACUGCUGGCUCUGUGCUCUGUCCACUCUGUCCACUCUGUCAGUGGGGACUCGAAAGCUGUCACAACAACACUGACCACUAAAUGGCCCUCAACACCUCUUCUGCUAGAGGCCAGUGAGUACCUUGCUGAAGAGAGUCAAGACAAGUUCUGGGACUUUGUGGAAGCCACUCAAAAUAUUGAAAAGGAUCAUGAUGACACGGAUCGGGCUUACUAUGAUCUGAUCCUGAAGAGAGCCAGUGCGCUGCUGAGCCCAGUGCAGCUAAACCUGCUGAAGUUCGCCCUAUCUUUGAGGGCCUACUCAGCCACCGUCCAUUCCUUCCAGCAGAUUGCAUCUAAUGAGCCUCCUCCACCUGGCUGUAAAGCGUUCUUCAAUGUACAUGGACAGACAUCUUGUGAUACAGAAAGACUUAAAGUCAUGCUGGAUAACGCCUUAGAACGGCCCAAGCCACACCUGUUCAAAGGUGAUCACAAAUUCCCCUCAGCCAAUCCUGAUGCACCCAUUGUGAUUCUUUAUGCUGAGCUGGGCACCACAGAAUUCUCCAGAUUCCAUCAGCUGAUGCUGGCCAAAGCCAACAAGGGCCUGAUCACUUACGUUUUACGUCACUUUAUAUCUAACCCCAGCAAGGGUAAAGUGCUCCUGUCUGGAUAUGGAGUGGAACUGGCCAUCAAAAACCAAGAGUACAAAGCCAAGGAUGACACACAAGUUCAAGCUGGAGCUGAUGUGAAUGCCACUGUAAUAGGUGAAAACGAUCCUGUGGAUGAAGUCCAGGGCUUUCUGUUUGGCAAACUCAAGACCAAUUAUCCUGAACUUAAGGAACAGCUGAAGGAACUCCGGAAGCAUUUGAUUGAGAGCACCAAUGAGAUGGCCCCACUUAAAGUCUGGCAGAUGCAAGACCUCAGCUUUCAGACUGCCGCCCGUAUCCUGGCAGCUCCCUCUGUGGACGCUCUCAAUGUCAUGAGGGAUUUGAGCCAGAACUUCCCCACAAAAGCCAGGUCCAUAACAAGAACAGUGGUUAAUUCAGAGAUCCGGAAAGAGAUUGAGGAAAAUCAAAAGUAUUUUAAAGGGACGUUAGGUCUCCAGCCAGGGGAAUCGGCUCUGUUUAUAAAUGGAUUCCAUAUUGACCUGGAUGUGCAGGAUAUUUUCAGUGUUUUUGACAUGUUGAGGAAUGAGGCAAGGGUCAUGGAAGGUCUGCGUAGUCUGCACAUAGACACACCCUACAUCCACGACAUCCUCAAACUCCACGUCCAGCCCUCAGACUCUGACUACGGAGUGGACAUCCGCAGCCCUGCUGUUAAUUGGAUUAACAACCUGGAGACAGACGGCAGAUAUGCCUCCUGGCCCUCUAAUGUGCAGGAGCUGCUGCGGCCCACCUUUCCUGGAGUCAUUCGACAGAUCCGGAAAAACUUUCAUAAUCUGGUGAUGAUUCUGGAUCCGACUCUUGAGAACACGGCGGAGCUGAUCAGCGUGGCUGAGAUGUUUUACAGCAACAACAUCCCACUCAGGAUUGGACUAGUGUUUGUGGUGAAUGAUUCUGAUGAGGUGGAUGGGAUGCAAGAUGCAGGUGUGGCUCUACUUCGAGCUUUCAACUACAUUGCUGAUGACGUUGACAGCCAGAUGGCCUUCGAUGCCAUCAUAUCUAUGUUGAACCGCGUUCCCAGUGGAGGCAAACUGAAGGUGGAGCAUGUGGUGGGUGUGUUGGAGAAGAGAUAUCCCUAUGUAGAGAUCAGCAGCAUCCUAGGACCCGACUCUGCCUACGACAACAACAGAAAAGAGGGAAAGGCAUAUUAUGAGCAGACUGGUGUUGGCCCACUGCCUGUGGUGUUGUAUAAUGGAAUGCCUUUGCAACGUGAGCAGUUAGACCCAGAUGAACUUGAGACAGUCGUCAUGCACAAGAUCCUGGAAACCACAAGUUUUUUUCAGCGCACCGUCUACCUGGGUGAACUGAACAGUGACCAUGAUGUGGUGGAUUUUAUCAUGAAUCAGCCCAAUGUGGUCCCACGAAUCAAUUCCAGAAUCCUGAGCACCAGCAGGAAUUAUCUGGACCUUUCUGCCACCAACAAUCAUUUUAUUGAUGAAUAUGCACGUUUCCUCUUUCUGGACACCAAAGACAAGAACGCAGCGGUGGCCAACAGCAUGAAUUACAUGACAAAGAAAGGGAUGUCAACCAGGGAUGCUUCUGAUGAUGGCAUCAUCCGUCCAGUGACUUUCUGGGUAGUCGGUGACUUUGACCAGCCCUCGGGACGACAGCUGCUGUACGAUGCUAUACGUCACAUGAAAACCAGUAAUAAUGUACGAUUAGGAGUGAUCAAUAAUCCCAGUGAGAACCCGUCUAAUGAGAAGAACCUAAUCGCUCGAGCCAUAUGGGCAGCCAUGCAGACCCAAACCGCCAACAACGCCAAAAACUUCAUCACCAAGAUGGCUAAAGAAGAGACAGCACAGGCUCUUUACGGAGGGAGAGACAUUGCAGAGUUCGCUGUCGGGGGCAUGGAUGUUCCUCUGUUUAAAAGUGCAUACGAGUCCCCUAAUGUGAACUUCCUGUUGGCUCACUCUGCUUACUGUCGGGAUGUCCUCAAACUGCAGAAGGGCCAGAGAGCUGUGAUCAGUAAUGGAAGAAUCAUUGGUCCAUUGGAAGAAGGGGAGGUCUUUAACCAGGAUGAUUUCCUGCUCCUGGAAAGCAUUAUCCUGAAGACAUCAGGGGAGCGUAUUAAGGGCAAAAUUCAACAGUUAGGCAUGGUAGAGGACAGAGCUAGUGAUCUGGUGAUGAAAGUGGACGCACUGCUGUCCUCCCAACCCAAAGGUGAGGCAAGGAUCGAGCACACUUUUGCAGAAGACAGAUACAGCGCUGUAAAAGUCAGACCAAAGGAAGAGGAAGUGUACUUCGAUGUGGUAGCAGUUGUGGAUCCAGUGACCAGAGAUGCUCAGAAACUGGCACCCCUCCUCCUGGUGUUGAAGCAGCUGGUCAACGUCAACCUGCGAGUGUUCAUGAACUGCCAGUCCAAGCUCUCUGACCUCCCACUGAAAAGUUUUUAUCGGUAUGUUUUGGAGCCAGAGAUUUCGUUUAUGGCGGAUAGCAGCUUUGCUUCUGGUCCGAUGGCUAAGUUCUUGGAUAUGCCACAGUCGCCAUUGUUUACUCUCAACCUAAACACCCCCGAGAGCUGGAUGAUUGAGUCUGUCCACACGCGCUAUGAUCUGGAUAACAUCUACCUUGAAGAGAUUGACAGUGUCGUGGCCGCUGAGUACGAGUUGGAAUAUUUAUUACUGGAGGGUCAUUGUUUUGACGUAACAACAGGUCAGCCGCCCCGUGGGCUACAGUUCACCCUGGGCACUGCCUCGGACCCAGUCAUAGUCGACACCAUCGUCAUGGCCAACCUGGGUUAUUUCCAGCUGAAAGCAAACCCUGGAGCUUGGAUUCUCAGACUGCGGAAAGGCAGGUCGGAUGAUAUCUACAAAAUCUACAGUCACGAUGGCACAGACUCUCCAGCCGAAGCUGAUGAUUUAAUCGUCGUCCUCAACACCUUCAAGAGCAAGAUCAUUAAAGUCAAAGUGCAGAAAAAGCCUGAUAUGAUGAAUGAGGAGCUUCUUAUUGAUGGAACCCAUGAGAACGACUCUGGAUUCUGGACAUCUCUCACCAGAGGAUUUACUGGUGGUUCAAAGCCAGAAGAACCCAAACAGGAGAAAGAUGAUGUCAUUAACAUUUUUUCUGUGGCGUCUGGCCACCUGUACGAGAGGUUCCUCAGGAUAAUGAUGAUGUCUGUGCUCAAACACACCAAGACACCCGUCAAGUUCUGGUUCCUCAAAAACUACCUGUCUCCGACUUUUAAGGAGUUUAUUCCGUAUAUGGCAGAGAAGUAUGGUUUCCAGUAUGAGUUGGUGCAGUAUAAAUGGCCACGCUGGCUUCACCAGCAGACAGAAAAGCAAAGGAUCAUCUGGGGAUAUAAGAUCCUGUUCCUCGAUGUGCUCUUUCCCCUGGCUGUGGACAAGUUCCUCUUCGUAGAUGCGGAUCAGAUAGUUCGCACAGACCUGAAAGAGCUGCGGGACUUUGAUCUGGAGGGAGCACCGUACGGUUACACGCCUUUCUGUGAGAGCCGAAGAGAGAUGGACGGAUACCGUUUCUGGAAGUCUGGCUACUGGGCCAGUCAUUUGGCUGGACGUAAAUACCACAUCAGUGCUCUAUAUGUGGUCGAUCUGAAGAAGUUCAGGAAGAUCGCAGCUGGAGACCGACUGAGAGGCCAGUACCAGGGUCUGAGUCAGGACCCCAACAGCCUGUCCAACCUGGACCAGGAUCUUCCCAACAACAUGAUCCACCAGGUGCCAAUAAAGUCACUUCCUCAGGAAUGGCUUUGGUGUGAGACCUGGUGUGAUGAUGCAUCUAAACAGAAAGCCAAGACUAUAGAUCUGUGCAAUAACCCACAGACAAAAGAGCCCAAGCUGCAGGCUGCUGUGCGUAUAGUAGCCGAGUGGAGUGACUAUGACCAGGAGAUAAAGAAAAUCUACAACAACUUCCUGGAGGAGAAAGAG